AUGCCCGCCUACCCCAUCCGACGCAGGCCACGCGAGUGCAAAACCUGUCUCCCAUGCCGCGCCAGCAAGGUGCGCUGCGACCGUAAUGUCCCCUGUGGCAACUGCGUCAAGCGCGGCCAGCCCAACAGCUGUACCUACGGCGUACCCCCGCCGUCCCUGGUUACCACCACCACCACCUUGCCUACCAGACCGAACACCACCACGACGACGACAGCGACAGUGACUUCUUCGGUUUCUUUCCCGCAUGCUCAUCUUCCUCCUCAUCCUCCUCCUCCCUCGGCUCAGUCAUAUUACUCGUCUGCGCGGUCGUCGCUGUUUCUAGAUGGAGUCUCGUCGGCUGCCGUUGACCCGGACACCCUCCAUGAUACCCCGGAUACGGUCAAUCUGGCUCAGGGGGAAUGGGACGAAAUCUGUUCGAAGAUGGUCGCCAUGGAGCAGAUCCUCGCUAGUCUGCAAUCGCUGUUUGACAGUCACUCGCGGCGUGAUGGAAUGUCUUCUGCUGCAGCGGCCUGGGACCCACGUAAGGACUCACGCUCGCCGCAGGCCGAGGGCGUGUACGGCGCCAACGUGCUCAACACGGGCGCGGUGCAUCUGGGGUCACGCGCCGCCCUGGUCGAUAUCCUCAACAGUGCCAAAACCUCCGAGGCGAUCGCCCAGGUGCUUCCCAAGGACGAUCUUCUCGCUGAUCUGGCCCUGGGCAAUGAGGCGGCUAGUUAUCCCUUUGUUGAUCUGUGGUCUUCGGAUCCGCUGGGCUUCAAUCUCGCCGCUGUCGUCGCCGUUCUCCCUGAUGAUCACAAAUGUCGCAGAUUCUUCGGUUUCUACAAGGAUAUCGGUGCCGUCCUAUACCCCGUCCUAUACGAUGUCCCUGCCGUCGAGCUUAGCAUGAACCGGCUACUACACAACCGCAUGAUGGCGGGCGGGGUCUACAAGCCCGACGCGACGGGGCUCGUCAAGCCGUUCGGCAUGAAUCUGGCUUUCCUGAGUCUUCUCUUCGCCCUUCUCGCCUCGGGCUGUCAAUUAUCGGACCUGCCUGGUAGCGAGCGCGAGCUAACCUCGUGGGUGUACAUCUCCUGUUCCUAUCAGUGUCUUCGGAUGAUAAACUACGUCUCGAACCCCUCGAUGGAAGUGAUCCAGGUCCUGUUGAUUAUCAGUAACGUCUUGUCAUAUAAUAUGAAUGCGGGAGCGUCGUAUACCCUGCUAGGCAUGACGGAACGGAUGUGCAUGGUGCUCGGACUGCACGUCGACUCGACCAAGUUCUCGCGCACCGAGCAGGACAUCCGCCGGCGGGUGUGGUGGGCAAUGGCCUUCCAGAACAGUCACUUCUCCCUUGCGUAUGACCGGCCGUCGAUCACCAUGGUCAGUCAGCCGGAGAUCCCCUACGACCGCAAAUCGAUGCCCGGGUGUCGGUCGUAUUUCGAGACGCUGUGCCGCGUCGUCUCGCUGGCGCUCGAGGUGAUGCGGUCGCGCAUGCACCCGGGUCACUUCCACACGCGCUACCACGAGAUCCGCGAAUACAAGCAGCGCCUGCAACGUAUCCUGGCCGAGACGACGCCGCACCUGCGGUCGCGUGAGCACUGCACAACCCUCGCCGAGCACAUCGAACGCAUGGAGCUGCGGCUGCAUUCAUCCUACCUGGUCUCGGUCCUGUGCCGUGUCUCGCUCGACCCGAGCGCCCACAUGGACGAGCAGCGCCGCGCCCUCAUCCGCGAGGAGUGCCUGGCCAGUCUCGUAGGCACCAUCGAGGCCUUUGUCGAGCUGCACUCCAUCAGCUCCCACAGCUCGCGUUCCUGGAUCAGUCUGCAGCGAACCAUCGCCUCGGCCUUUCUGCUCGUCGCGACCGAACAGGGCCAGAACCACCCGCAGACCUGGGCCCUCAUCGACAAGCUCGAGCGCGUCCUAGCCGACCACGUCCAUGCUGACGGCGAAGCUCACCACAAUAACCGCACCGAUUCGGCCAAACAUCUCGCUUCUUCUCUGCGGUCGCUGCGCGAGGUCAGCGCUGCCUUUCGAGCGAGGAAGCCUCCUCCUCCUCCGCCUCAACAUUCUACUCCUCCUCAUCCUCCUCAACAUUCUACUCCUCCCCUUCAUCCUCCCCAUACAGCCCCCCAACCAUCUUUAUUACCACAAUCGGUGGUUUCCCCCGUAUCCUCAGCACCCUUAGUACCCCCCGUAUCGAUAUCCUCAGUACCAUCUGUCCCCACCACCAUGUUUUCCCCACCUAGUGUGCUGUUCCCCUCCCCCGCUGCGACGGAUGGAAGCCCCGCGACAACCACAGCAAUGGUUCAGCCCUCGAUCGGCGAGUGGGAAAUGCGCAGUAUCCUCGACCAGGUGUCGGAUGUCAUGCGGUUUCCUCCCAUCCCGGGCAAAACGUCUCCUGUAUAG